UGUGUGGCCCUAGACAAUUUAUGGUCUGGACAAUGACGCAGCCCAUAAGACUGAGAAUCAUCCUUGGUGAAAAUGAUGCGAGGAAGCUUAUUCUGCCAGCAGGGAUACCAGACUCCAUAGAGGAAUUGUGCCAGACAAUAAAGACGAGUUUUGGAUUGCAACAAGAUUUUCGGCUUCAGAAUCAGGAUGCUGAUUUUGGAAAUGAGUUCAUCAACCUUUCCGUGAUCUCCGAAGUAGUUGACAAAGCAACCAUUAAGGUGAUCUUUUUGCAAAGUUUUACUGAAGAUGAUGCAGUGAUAGGUCAAGCAGCCCAGGGCCUAACAUAUUCCUCAUCAGUCUCCUCGGUUGACACAGAUGAGACAGAGCCUGUUUCUUCAGAUUCGUCCUCAUCUUCAAGGCAGUGGGUUUGGCCAAGUGUUUUCCCAGUCCCUUCUUUCAGCUAUGAUGCUGAACUGCAACUUGAAAAGGCCAAUGCUGAGUACAAUGCCAGUGGAAUCCGCUUGAGCCCCUCACCAAAACUGAAGUCUGCCAUUUUGCAAAGACUGUCAGAAGAAAUUAUUAAAUUCAAAGCCUACCCAACUGACCUUGAUCUAAAUGAUGUUGCAGAAGCCCUUGUGAAAAAGCAUCCUUGCCUGUGGGAGCAGGGAUCCUUUAAUGGCUGUUAUGGGUGGAAGAUUAGCCUUAAGUAUAAAAUGGCCAACUUCCGGACAACUCUAAGAGGCCUCGGAUGUGCUGAGGUGACAAUAAAUUCUCUGAAGAACAAGCCCAAAGACAGAUGUGUUCCAGCAAUGAAUGUGAAAAAGCCCAGAAGGGCAGAAGUCAAUUAUUGUCCACCGCAUCCAAAAGGAGAAACUGAUGAGAGUCUGGAAAAGGAGAGAAUUUCCCUGCUUUCAGAGAUUACAAAGAGAAACAAUGACCAUAUAGUGACUGAGAAAAUGGACACGACUUUCUCAUACCGAAGGCAAGAGGUUCUUCAAGGACAGCCCUUGGUUGCAGACUUCAAAAGCAGAUGGCCAGCUCUGUUCAGUGGGAAAGAGAUUGAUAAGGAGUUCCUGCGCAUCUCAACUGUACCUCUAAUAUCUACAUUCUUUGCUGAGCUGGACCAGUACUCGCCACGCUUGAUGGCGAUCUUUCAAAAAAAAGGUGGGGUGGCUGGAAGAAAAAUAAGACAGAUCAUGGUGGCCAUCUCAAAGGAUGACACGAUACAUACAAGACGAGCAUGCAUCCUCAAGUCCUUGUGCAUCUACUUGAACGAAGACCACGAGAAACUUGUGAAGGAGUACUUGGCCACAGACAACGAGGCCAAAACUACCAUGGAGCAAACAGUGAUGGGAGUCUACGUCAUUGAGAAGGAGGGUGCUGAACCUGGAGAUGACCCAGAGGAUGUUGGUGUACUGGUUGAAGGUGUGGAGGUCCUCCAUGGCUUGGGGAGCAUUGCAAUGGCUUGUGCGCUCUUAUUUGGACUCAUAUACUGUUUGAACCUGAGCUACCCACCAGAGCUCAAGUGCACGUUUGAGGUCCUGCAGAAGAUUCUGCUGAAGCUAGAUGGCCAGAGGUUGUCCUCAAAGGUACAAUUUCUGAAAAACAAGCUUCUGGAGUGAUUCAAGGCUGAGAAAGUCGUAAAAAGACAGAAGGAAUGCACAUAUCUUGAUUUAAUGCAGAUUAUUUUAGUGGCAAGUUCAUUCUACAUGCUUCUUUGUUAAAACAUUUUGAAUGUGCACCAGGACAAUUUUAUUUACAAAUAUUUUUUGUUUUUAUCAAAACAUAGCAAAAAGAUUGUGAGAAAUAUUACAGUAAUCUUUCACUACUUCUGAUUUAUUUUG